UUCUACUAGAUAAAAUUUCGAUGUGAUUAAUCCUGCACAAGUGAUUUUCUCGUUUAAUUGAACUCAAAUUAGGGAAAAAAUAGUGUGCAACAUCCAUCAGCCAGAGUUUUUAAAGAAGGUAGCACAAAACCACCGUCAAAAUGCAUGAAAAAGGCUUCAUCAACAUGUUCAAAGGGACGGCACCUCAAAUCGUUGCCGUAAUGGGAGGUACAAUCGGAGCAAUAUCAGAUGGCAUGCACUAUGGCUGGUCAGCACCUUUCAUGCCCAUCCUGGAAAAAGAGGACAGUCACAUCCAGAUAUCGCCAUCGGACGUCACCUGGCUAGAAUCCAUUUAUCUAAUUGGCGGACUCGCAGGUCUUCCAGUAACUAUUUAUUCGGUGGACCGAUUGGGACGCAAAGCUUCCAUCCUAUUAGCUGCGGUCAUUUCGCUUAUCGCCUGGAUACUUAUCGCUGUUGCGAACGAUGUGAUUUAUUUGUAUGUAGCUAGAUUUAUGGUUGGUCUGUCAGGAGACGUGGCCUUCGUAGCGGCCCCAAUGUACAUAGCGGAAAUAGCGGACAAAAAGAUCCGAGGCUUCCUAGCGGGAGUCAUCUACGUCAUGAUGCUGGUCGGAAUCCUAGUAGUCUACGCCGUUGCUCCGUUUGCUCCGUUCUACGCUUGCUCAGUCAUCGGUUCAGUGUUUGUCAUCAUCCAACUAAUCUCUUUUCCGUUCAUGCCCGAUUCUCCGUACUAUUUAUUACAAAAGAACAAAAACGACAAGGCCAAGCGUCACUUGUUGCGACUCAGAACAAACGAUAAUGUCGAUAAGGAAAUGGAGGAAAUUACUACGGCUGUGAAUCGGCAACGAAGCGAAAGAGGCAGACCUCAGGAUUUGAUUUUGUCCAAGAGCAAUAGGAAAGCUUUGAUUAUAAUGACUGUGUUGAAUGCUUCGCAGCAUUUUAGCAGUAUCAGUGUUAUGCUGAUGAACCUCCACUCCAUCCUUAAAGAAGCGGAAUCGGAAUAUAUUUCCUUUGAAGUUGCUGGAAUUUUGUUUUCGACUUUUAUGUUGAUAGCUGCUACAAUUGCUGACUUUACCGUUGAUAAGUUUGGGCGUAAGGGAUUGCUGAUAUCAUCUAGUUUACUUAGUGGCCUAUCGCUUUUAGUUCUAGCGAUAUACUUUACAAUGAAAAAUUCUAAUUAUGAUGUUAAAGGCAUUUCUUGGAUACCCAUAGCAGCUGUUAUGGUCUAUGCCGCGGUAUUCAAAUUUGGAUUAGGUAUAAUUCCAAUUGUAAUGACUGCCGAACUAUUCCCUGCCAAAGUUAAAGCGAUGGGCAUGACCCUAGCUGAUUUCUCGUACUUAUUUUUCGGGUUAAUUUCAGUCGAAAUGUAUCAGCGAUUGAUUCAUGCUUACUAUUUGGACAUACCGUUUUACAUUUUUGCAUCGUCUACGCUGCUCACGGCGAUAUUUUCUUGGUGGUACAUUCCUGAAACUAAAGGGAAAACUUUAGAAGAAAUUCAGUAUAUUUUGAAGGGGGAACCGAUUCCUCAAGAAGGCGUUGUUAGUAUAGAAAACGGGGUGAAUGGUGUUAAAGAAGACAAAGAACAAAUUAAAUUAGAGGAAAUAAUUAAUUCACAAAAUAGUGUAAGUACAAAAGAGUAGCAAGAAAUCAACUAAGCUUUUAUUAUUAAAUAAUGUCAAAAAAGGACAAUCAAACAAACUUAAUUUAUUUAGAUUAUUAUGCCAAUAUUUGUUAAUUUUAUAACAAUUGUUUGUACAUAGGUCUAUUUCUUGACUGAUGUGAUGUUAUACCAUACCUAUUAUUAUUAUAUUUGAGUUUAUUUAGCUACCUUCCUCGACAUUGUAGAUUGUAAAGGUAUUAAUGUUUUCUCAGUUUUAAUUUUAAAUUAUUCAGAGUCGUUAGAGUUAGUUAGAUAGUUUAAUUUUCAAUCCAGUGAAGUUAUCAAACUGUUAUACAUAAAUUAUCUAAUUUGAAAUUCCUUGCUAGCUAGUACAGGUUCGAACUAAUAAAAGAAGGCAUAACAUUAUGUGUUUAACGACAAUAUUUGUAACAAAAUCGGGCUAAGAAAAUAAGGAAUGAAUAAAAUAUUGUGAUACAAAUAAAGUGCUAAUGAUGAUAUGUUAAGUUUCUUAAAUACUUUAUGGGAAUUAAUCAUGUCUUAUCACAAAUAAAGUGUUUCAAUUACGAAUAAGUUGUUUAAUUUAUUUGAUUAUCAACAACAUCAUUAUCAGUGGCCUUCUUUGC